CACACCGUGAUCGAUCGGUUAUCUCUUGUUCUGCAUCGCGUCGACGUUGAAUGUGCGGAUGGCCGCCGAUGGCUCAUAUGUCAUGAUGUCUGGCUCGGCCCUCUGCCGUGCUGCGAUGAUGGCACUGACGGCUUUUCGCUGCGCAACGCUGAAGUACGCCAGAUUGCGGAGGAGGCGCUGCAUUUCGUGUUGCCACAGCUCUUGUAGCUGCCGGCACUUGUCGGCUCGAAUGGCCUCAAGCCUGCAUGCAUAAGGGGCGAGAGAGAGAGAGAGAGGGAGAGGUGUCUCUGAAUUCUCUCAUUGGCCAACGUACUCUUGUGUGAGUUGUUUUCGCGCCUCCUCUUCAUGUGCCUGGAGCUUCUCCUGGAGCGCCUCUCGCUGGCGACUCUCCCAUUCAGCGAUUGCCUUGGCAGUCUCCUCCCUCAGCCUCCGCCGCUCAUCGUCUGCCUCCUUCAUAAGUCGCCGCUUGAGCGCCUCGACGGCUCGCCUUAGCUCCUUGUCAACGCCCCUCAUCUUGCGAGUGAGUGUCUUGACACUCUCAUCAAUCACCCGCAGCUGCAACAGUGAUCUUGUGGCAGCGUCAUUGAUGCGCUGGAUGCAGUCCUCACUCAGCAUACUUAGCCGCUCCAUGGCAUCGACUUUAAGUGCCCGAGACAGCCGGUUGACUUCCUCUUCCACUGCUGUCUCCUUGACUCUCGCCAAGGUCUUGGCCCACUCGUUUAGCUCCUUGUCGAUUUCCUGCCGCCUCUCUUCCCUCCACGUGUCGAGGUCCUCCUGGACGCGGUGCUCUCUAGCCCUCCGCCGACACAUGUGCGCAGGCCGGUGGAGCCUUCACAAGCAGACGCGCAGACGGCACCGCACAGCAAGAAAGCCCCUCAGUACAUCCAUAACAUCCAUACAUAGAGAGUAAUAAGGCCGCCUCCGGCUGUGUAUCGAAGCGCCAGUGCUCGACAGCCACCGGAAGCAAGACGGGGCCGCAACCAUGCAGGAAAGAGGCCGCUCAGAGUCUACCCACGGGGUCUCGGCAUUUGAACUCCUGCCCCGGAAUGGCAUUUCAGGGGCUGAAAGGCACCAUACAGCCAGACUCCCUCCCGUUCGCUGACAUCAAUUUGGACGACAUUAUCACCUUGAAGCUUGAGCAGCCAAAUCCCGUUAGCCAGGAUGCGACGCCGAGGAUGAGAGCCCCAGUGCAGUGUGCAGACCGAAUGACGCACAAACUGCUGUAUGUCGAGCCUCAAAGUUAAGGCCUCAGAACACUCUGUUGAGACGCAAGACCCCCCAGGAUUGCCAGCUCACAUCGGCAAGACCUCUCGAGGGGGUGGGUAACUCAGUGAGUCGCCCGCCUCGAGAGGUCCGAC